AUGCCAACAAAUUCAUCAUCUAACAUGAGCAAUCUUUUAUCAGUUCCUCAAAGUACCUUCGAAGUUUAUUGUAUAUUUCUCUACCUUUUCAUACUCUACACUUUAAUUCGAACAAAGAUUGUGCACUUGAAAAAACCGUUUUUCAAAAUUUUCAUUUCCACUGGAUUUAUGGAUAUUUUAUCAUUGAUUUCGAAUAUGUAUAUGAGAUUGAGUCAACAAUUUAGACUGGGACCUGAACAACGAAAAGAAUAUAUGUGGGCGAAUUAUUUGUCGGGAGUUGCGCUAACUGGACAUAUUUUGGGGAAUAUUUUGUUGCAAUGUAAUCGAUUUACUUCGGUGGUUUAUCCCAGUAAACAUCUUGAUGUUAGUUUGGGAAAAAUUGGCAAAAAUUUUGAAAAAAAUACUUUUUUUCGCAAAAAAAAAAAAAAAUUGAAAAAAUGAAAAUUUUUGGAAAAAUUUUUGCAAAUUUUUUCUCAAAAAAUCCUAAUUUUAAAAUAAUAUUUUUUUCUCAAAAAAUGAAAAUUUCAUUUUGAAAUUUUUUUUUGAAAAUCCUAAUUUUGAGAAAAAAUAAUGAAAAUUUUUGAAAAAAAAAUUUUGAAAAAAAAUAUUUUUCAAAAAAUAAAAAAUGAAAUAUUUUGAAAAAUUAAAAUUUUGGAAAAAAUUUUUCGAAAAAAUGAAAAUUUUUGAAAAAACUUUGAAAACAAUUUUUUACAAAAAGAUUUUUGAAAAUACAAAUUUUUAGAAAAAUUUUGAAAAAAUAAUAUUUUUUUCCGAGAAAAUGAAAAUUUUGAAAAAAAAAUUUUUGAAAAAAUUUUUGGAAAAAAAAAUUUUGGAAAAUAAAAUUUUGAAAAAAAAUUUUCCCGAAAAAAAUUUGUUUUAAUAUUCUUGGAAAAAAUUUUGGCAAAUUUUUUUUCUCAAAAAAAAUUAGAUCCUAAUUUUGAAAAAUAUUUUUUUUUCCGAAAAAAUGAAAAAUUUGGAAAAAAUUUUCCGAAAAAAAAAGAAAAUUUGUGGAAAAAAUCCUAAUUUUGAAAAAAAAAAUUAAAAAUUUGCGAAAAAUACUUUUUUUUUUUUUUCUCGAAAAAAAACACUUUUCCUCAAAAAAAAUCCCAAAUUUCCUAGAAUGCAAAAAAAAUCCUGCUAAAUCUGAGGCGCGCAUUUUAUAUCCAACAUUUUCGCCUGCAAAAAUACACACCCGCAUGGCCGAGUGGUCUGCACGCCUGCCGAGCACCGCUUUUGCAUCCCCCGGGUUCGACCCCCACCCGUCGCACAACUUUUUUUUAUUUUUUAUUUUCAUUUUUUUCAGUACUGGUCCUCUCGCUCCCUAUUCCUCGCCAUUUUCCUCCAAUAUUUCAUCGCAAUAACAACCAAACUUUUCUACUUCAACUAUCCAAUUCCAUAUAUUUGGAUCGAUAAUCAAUGGACUCUUGGAAGUCUGCCAACUGAAAUUGAUAUCAUUGCGAAAUUAAUCAAUAUAACAAUCAGCACAAUUUAUGCGGUUAUCGGAAUUGUUUUUAAUUUUUUUAUUAUUCGGAGGCUUUCGAAAAUUACUCAUGGUAAUAAUUUGAGUGUGAAUACACAUGAGAAGGUAUUUUCAGGGCUUUAAUUAAUUAAAAUUUUAAUUAAAUUAAAAUUUAAAAUCUUUAGGGUCUCGUGUUCUACUCAAUAACCCUAUUCAUUGUUGCAAUGCUAAUGUCAACUCAACAAAUUAUUCGAAUGUUUGUGCAAAUUUUCGCGCCAAAAAACGACAUUCUUCUCGGCAAAGUCGCCGCACAGUUUUUCUGGAUUAAUUAUCUUCUCACCUGCCUUCCCCUUUUCUCGAUAUUGAUUUUUUCGCAAGAAGUUCGAUUCAAUAUUUUUCAGACUUGUGCUGGACGAAAAUCCAGAGAUACUGUGACAAGUCUACCGACUUCGGGGAAAUAAAUGAAUUCAUUAUGUAUGUGUUGAGAAAGUUAGAGAGCAUAGGAUGUGGAGAGAGUGCAGAGAAACCAGACAAUAAGAGAUGACGAGAAAGUUAGAGACGUGGAGGGCGAUACACGCUAGAGAGCAUAGGAUUUGCAGAGAAGCUAGACGAUUAGGAGAAGGUUAGAGACGCAGAGAAACUAGACGGCAGGGCAGUAGGAGAAAGUUAGAGACGUAGAGGGCGAUACACGCUAGAGAGCAUAGGAUUUGGAGAGAGUGCAGAGAAACCAGACAACUAGAGAUGACGAGAAAGUUAGAGACUCAGAGGGAUUUACACUAGAGAGCAUAGGAUUUGGAGAGAAGCUAGACGAUUAGGAGAAGGUUAGAGACGCAGAGAAACUAGACGGCUAGACAGUAGGAGAAGGUUAGAGACGUAGAGGGCGAUAAGCUAGAGAGCAUAGGAUUUGGAGAGAGUGCAGAGAAACCAGACAACUAGAGAUGACGAGAAAGUUAGAGACUCAGAGGGAUUUACACUAGAGAGCAUAGGAUUUGGAGAGAAGCUAGACGAUUAGGAGAAGGUUAGAGACGCAGAGAAACUAGACGGCUAGACAGUAGGAGAAGGUUAGAGACGUAGAGGGCGAUAAGCUAGAGAGCAUAGGAUUUGGAGAGAUUGGAGAGAAGCUAGAGAGUAGGAGAAGGUUAGAGACGCAGAGAAACUAGACGACUACACAGUAGAAGAAGGUUAGAGACGCAUAGAAACACGAGAGAAGCUAGACAGCUAGAUAUUACAAUAAAGUUAGAGACGCAGAGAAACUAGAGAGCAUAGGGAAGUUAGAGAGCACAGAGAGCUGAUUUAUUUAUUUUUGUUUUUUUUUCCACAAAAAAAAUUAUUUAAACGUGUUCCAAAUGUGUUGUCAUUUUUUUUUUUUUUUUCGAAAAUCUCAAAAAAUUUCCCGUCAUUUCCUAGAUUCCAAUUUGGACUAAAAUACAUAAUGGACAAAUCGCCGAAGAAAAAGUCAUCGAUUUUUAGAAAGAGAAUCAUUCCGACGUUGCGCAAAAAGGCGAGCGUUAAUAAGAGUUUUGAUGAGACGUGAGUUUCCUGGGUAAAAAUAAUCAAAUCGGGCUUCUAGGCCCACUUAUAUCCAGUUUUUUUGGGCUUUUGGGCCAUCCAGACUCGUAUAGCGGUUUAGGCCAUCAGACGUUUUUGGUGAAAUAUGAGCAAUCCUUAACCUUAAGAUGAGCAACAUGAUAUUAAACAUCUAAUCUAUUUCAUUAGCACAGUAUUUCAGAGAAUUCAGAACAUUAACCUGAGCAAUCAUUCAGAAAUUCUUACAGUAAGAUUCCUAGGGUCUAAUCUGAGCAAUCUCUCAAAAUUCAUAGGGAGGUUUCUAGGCUCUAAUAUGAGCAAUCCUUUACAAAGCCUCACAAUAGGAUUCCUAGGCUCUAAUCUGAGCAAUCUUUCAAAGUUCAUAGUGAGACUCCUGGCCUUUAACCUGAGCAAUCUUCUAAAAAUUUCUACAGUAAGAUUCCUAGACUCUAAUCUGAGCAAUCAUGAAUUGUUACAGUAAGAUUCAGAGGCUCUAAUCUGAGCAAUUUUCUAAGCUAUAUUACAAUUAGAUUCCCGAUCUAUAACCUGAGCAAUAUUUCGAAAUUUGUAGUGGGAUAUCUGGUCUUUAACCUGAGCAAUCUUCUACAAAUUUCUACAGUAAGAUUCCUGGGCUCUAACAUGAGCAAUCCACAAAAUUUUUGCAGUGAUACAAAUUCCAAAGAGCUCAACAAAAAGUCUCGAAACGCCACCAAAAAAUCAAAAGAGCCACCAGCAUUAUCAUCAGCUUCACCGCCGCCAAUCGAAACAAAAUCGAAAUCGAAUGUUCCAAAAGUUUUGAGCGCAAAAGGUGGUAGAUCAAAUGUUUCGCCGGAGAAAACGACGAUGGUAAGCGGUUUUGGCGCGAAAAAAAUCGGGUAGAUCAAAUAAUUCCGAUUAUAUGUUUGAUCUGCAGGUCCUUGGGGUACUGUAGAUCAAAUAAUUCCCAUUUGAUGUUUGAUCUGCAGGUCCUUGGGGUACUGUAGAUCAAAAAAAGUUUUUGUUUGAUCUGCAGGUCCUUGGGGUACUGUAGAUCAAAAAAGGUGUUGUUUGAUCUGCAGGUUCUUGGGGUACUGUAGAUCAAAAAAAGUUUUUGUUUGAUCUGCAGGUCCUUGGGGUACUGUAGAUCAAAAAAUCAUUUGAUAUUGAUCUGCAGGUCCAUGGGGUACUGUAGAUAAAAUCUCCAAAUUCUGAAUGUUUGAUCUGCAGGUCCAUUUUAGCGCGAAAUACUGAGAUUUUCAAAAAUUUUUGACCCGAAAACUUGAAUUUUUGAAAUUUCGAUUUUUGGCCCUCGGAAAAAUUUGAUUUGUAGAUCAACCAAUGCGCGAAAUUAUGAAUUUUCAAAAAAUUUUUGAAAUUUCGAUUUUUGGCGAAAAAAUUUGAAUUUUAAAAAUGUUUGACCCGAAAACUUGAAUUUUCAAAAAUUCCGAAUUUUUGGCGGAAAAAUUUUGAAUUUCAAAAAUUUUAGCGCGAAAUUAUGAAUUUUCAAAAAUUUCGAAUUUUGGCGAAAAAAUUUGAAUUUUAAAAAAAUUUUAGCGCGAAAUUAUGAAUUUUCAAAAAUUUUUAAAUUUCGAAUUUUGGCGGAAAAAUUUGAAUUUUAAAAAUUUUAGCGCCAAAUUAUGAAUUUUCAAAAAUUUCGAAUUUUGGCGGAAAAAUUUGAAUUUCAAAAAUUUCAGCGCGAAAUUAUGAAUUUUCAAAAAUUCAGAUUUUUGACAGAAAAAUUUGAAUUUUAAAAAUUUUAGCGCGAAAUUAUGAAUUUUCAAAAAUUUCGAUUUUUGGCGAAAAAAUUUGAAUUUCACAAAUUUUAGCGCGAAAUUAAGAACUUUCAAAAAUUUCGAAUUUUAGCGGAAAAAUUUGAAUUUCAAAAAUUUCAGACCGAAGUUUCAACAAUCCGUGCAAAUGUCGUUCCACCAAUGUGUAUUUUCGAAAAAGAAAUCACGCAAGAAUACGACCCAGUCGAAGAUUUCGCCCAAAAUCAAGCGAAUUCCAAGAAAAUCAAAUGGGUUGGCGAUGACGUGGCACGACAAUUUGUCGAAAAUCUACCAAAUGAGCAGACAAUUUCACAAGAAUAUUAUUUUCUCGAAUCAUUUGAGAUCAAAAAAUCAUGUGAUGCAUUUCAAAAUAAUAUGGAAAGAAAUCGCUCGAAUAAGCAUAUUGUUUUGGAUGAAAAUCGUGUGAUUCUAGAUCGACCCGGCUCGGAAAAUUUGAACUAUAUCAAUGCGAGCAGGAUAAAUGUUCCCGGAUUUUGCCAACAAAUUAUUUGUGGCGCAACUUCCGAAAUUAGAAAACGAAAGUUUUGUGGAGGAUUUCUGGUACAUGGUGCAUCAAGAACAAAUAAAUAUUAUAUAUUUACUAUGUUCGGAAGAACUAACUGGCCCUCAAGUUCCCACAAAAUUAUUCAAAGAUGGUGCGCAAGAAUAUCAAUAUGUUGGAAAAAUGUUUAUCCAUACUCGAAAAUCUGAAACCCUCCAUGAUCUGAAAAUCAAUACAAUCGAAGUGUUGCCUGAAGGAAUGUCGGAUGCUGUGAGUGAUUUGUCAAGUUCAUCAAUUACAAUCGUGGAAACCUGGUAA